CAAACAAAACCCACGAAGAAGAUUUGUCCAGGAGUCACGCUGCUUCCGUGUGUCAUUCAUGUAACGUUUAUUGGUAGUUAUAGAGGACAUUGAGCGGUGAACAUAAACAGUACCGCUGUAAUACUGGGAAUGUGUGUAUUUGUUUAACUGAGUUGAAUCACUCAGUUAGCAGCUGCUAAGCCUAGCUAAUAUUAGCAUAUUUGACUAGCUGAGUGGAGGAAGGUUAAGGUCGUUCUGACUCAUCAGGGUCCCUAUCCACCGGGUAAGCGGGAUUUAGUAACCUUAAAGAGCACAGAAAGCCUUCGGUAACAAGGCUUCUCCUAAAACGUCACGUCUUGGUUAGACCUGACAGAAUCAGUUUGCUGGUGCCUGUUUAUAACAGUUUGAUGAAUCAUUUUGCUGAAGACCCAGAAUUGCAGACACUUUCUGUUUUUAUCCGAAUUCUUCUGAGAUGGACGUUGGCGUGUCCAAGUCCCGAGUGUUUGUCAGCUACAGCCCCCGAGUCCUCCUCUCCAAGUGAGACAAGCCUGUGUGCAUGGUGGUGCUGUCAUCUGCAGUCAUGCGUUGUCCUCACACUGACUAAAUACAAUAAACAGUAUGAACCUAGUACAGCAGCUUGAGAUGCUUUUCAUGCAGCAGUCAGGAUAAGGAAGGCUGUUGUUUUCUACAAGCAGUGUGUGUGUGCACACAUCAUAUACCCUAAUCCUUAAAUUAGGGGGGUUGUAAUGGAAUAUGUGUAGCAUCCCGCUGAGUGUGCGCUACGUCAUGGAUGCUGUGAAGGAGGGUCACAGAGGCACUGGUAAAAUUGUGACUCUGGCUGCAGGCCUGUCAGUUGGGGCAACAUUAGGCUACAUUGUUUAUCGUUACAUCAGCAACACCAGCAGCAGUCAAGGGCCUGACACUGAGGUGUCCAAAAUGUUUCUUCCUGUAGAAGUCUAUAGAAACAUAUUUAGAAGCCAGACUAUGUUUCUGGAUGAGGUCAGCCAGAAGUCUGGAGCCCAUGUCAGAGUUUUGUCAGAUUUGGGGGAGCCAGGCUGUAAGGCAGCCGUAUGUUUUCAGCUGCAGGGCUCAAAGGAACAGGUGCUAUUGGCCCGCUGUGUCCUUGAGAACCUACUCACAGACUUUGAACCAGUGGUGGAGGUUCUAGAGGUUCCUCGGACAGCCUUUGGACGUGUUAUAGGACGUGGUGGCGAGAGUUUGAAACUGAUCACAAGAAGCACAGGAGCCAGACUAGAUUGUUCCAGAGAGAAAAAGCACAGCUGUGGAGGACAGGGCUAUGUGACCAUCACAGGGACCAGACAGGAGGUGAAGCAGGCUAAGGAGAUGAUUCUAAAAAGAGUCAGAGAGGAUGCAGUGGUGAGGACAAAGAUCUCUCAAUCAUCUGCCCUUCGCCAAAAACGUUGGCAUAAAGUCGUGAAUCCAAAACCUUGUAUGGAACCUGAGUCACCUCUUAGUCUAAAUAAUAAUGGCACAGUCUCCUACACAGAGAAGAAUGGACUUGUUCAUUCCAAUGAAGCCACAAUAGAACCUAUAUUUCACAAAAUGAAGGAGCUGAAAGACACAGACGAGCAGGAAGAAGAGAACAGCGCCUCCACAGAUUCUCUCUCCGGAGUAUCCAAGUUUGAAAUUCCCAGCCCAGACCUGAGCUUCCAGCCUGAUGAAAACUUCGAGGUUUAUGUGUCUGCAUCUGAAAACCCAAACCACUUCUGGAUCCAGAUCCUGGGUGUUCGCUCCCUCCAGCUUGACAAGCUGACCGAGGAGAUGAACAACUUCUACAGCAAUAAAAGCCCAACAGAUAACGGGAUGGAGACCAUUGUGGUUGGAGACAUUGUAGCAGCUCCGUAUCGAGACCAAAACACAUGGAACAGGGCCAAGGUGCUGGGAGUUAUGGGAUCUGGACUGCUGGGCCUUUACUAUGUAGAUUUCGGAGACAAUGGGGAGCUUUCCAGGGACGGCCUCCACCCUCUCAGGAGUGACUUCCUCAGCUUACCAUUCCAAGCUAUUGAGUGCAGCUUAGCAGGAGUGAGGCCAAAAGGAGAGGCUUGGACUGAAGCAGCCCUGGACACAUUUGAACAGUUGACAUACUGCGCUGACUGGAGGCCUCUACUGGCCAAACUCUGCAAUUAUUCCCACUCUGAUGUGUCGUCCUGGCCCAGUGUUAAGCUCUACGACAACAGCAAAGGAAAGGUCGUGGAUAUCGGCGAGGAGCUCAUACAGCUGGGCCAUGCCAUCAGCUUCCUUGAAGCAUUGAAUGAGAGGAAGGAAAGGGACAAUCUUGGCUGUCUGCAAAGCAUGUUGGAUGAUGUUAUGGGAGCAUCUUCAGAGCUCAGUCUGUCCUGCAUCAGUUUGUCAGAAGCUGCUUCAGUCUCAGGAAGUGGGGAUGAUGGUGUAGAAGAUGAUCUGCUCUGAGAAGCAUGAAGGUAUUAUUUUUUACUACUAGGACUUAAUGAAUCUAUGCCUCUUUUCAAUUCACGGUUUCAGUACUGCACGGCUCCACUCUGAUUCAUCUCCCUCUACUCCGCACCAAGAAAGCCACUAUCGGGCCGGAAAAGCCAGUAUUGGGAACAGUCACAAAACAGCCUGAGUGGAUUGAAGGUGGCCAAAAUAGAGCACAUGGAAAAAGGGAAUUAGAAACACUGUAUUUGUUGAAAUUGAUGACGUUACCCCCCUGUCUUCUGGUCCAAGUAAAAUAAAGAGGAGGAGGAAGUAUUUUUGACCCAUGCCUAACAUCCUGAAUCCUCAUUGUGGAGCCUUUCCUACAUGUCAAGUGUACUACUGUUGGCCCGGCCAUUUUCACUUGUUUGUUUUGCUUUCUGGCUGUUCUCUUGUUCCCAGUGCUGUGUUGCUUGAAAAAAUGUUUGUGUAUUUUGUGUUCAAGAUUCCGGAAAUGCACUGAGACUUUGUGGUUGUGGCUGAUUUCAUGCUUUAUUCAUGUAUAAUUUCUUAUAUAUGUUGGAUAUAUUGAGGUUCAACAAAUAUUUUUGGAAAGGAAGCAUGCAGUAUUAUUAAAUGUUUAGUUUAAUGUAAAAAUGUUACAAUAAGUGGUCCCACAGCCAUGGAUCUUUGUAUUCAGAUGGAUGUUCGAUUGAUGUAUAUCACAAAUAAUUACUUAUUUUAUUUGACAGAGAUUGUAUCUUUCUCAUUUUUGUUGUACAUUUCGAAAGUAAACUGACGACGUUAAAAAGAAUAAAAAUAAAAUAAUG